AUGGCCUUGAACCGCAAAUACGCCGCGCUUCCAGAUUUGGACUCGGCCCCUGAUGUGUACGAGACCCCAGAGCUGACCGACGACACUUCGACUGUUCCUACGACGACCGGACAGUCGCACUCAGACGAUGACUUCGACGACGACCUGGACGAGGACGCCAACGGAAUCUCGCGAUCCCGACUUCGAGUAGACCAAGCGCGGUCUCGCUUUCUGCCCGCGGGAGUGGAUGCCACAGAGGUCGACUUCUCGGAUCGGGUAGACGGCAAACGCAAGUCUUACAAGGCCUCGACUAGACGCCAGCGCAUCCUCCAAGACGGCACGGCGGAAAUCGGUGAUCUUAGUGACGAGGAUGACGAGAAUAAUCUGGAACGGAAGAUUGCGCGGUUGCAGCGCGAAGUCGAGGAAGCCAAAGAGGAGUACGGAAAGAGAAAGGAAGCCGCAGCACAGCCCGCUCCUGGAGAUGAAGAAGAGAAACUGGGGUCUCUGAGCAAGGUCCUCGACGAGAUCUCUAGAACCAUCAAGCCGCACACCUCAAGCUCUCGUGCUGUUCAGCCAGCAUCUCAGUUACCUAAGCAGCAACAAGAAGGGCCGCAUGAUAAGCUUCCUCAAGGAAACGCUGCGACGUACACCGUCACUUAUGCUCCUACAUACGAACAAAGCCACGCUCUUGCCAAGGCAGCGGACUUCGACAGACGGCUCGUCCUUCUCGAGAAGGCCAUUGGGGUUGGCUCAACUGCUUUGCCCGAGGUCGAUAUCAACGGACUACCGAGAGCCAUUCUCCCGACUCUCGACGGCCUUCAGAAGCAAAUCACAACCCUAUCGCAGGCUUCGACGUCAAACCUCGAUACGAUCAGUCGUCGAGUGCGGACUUUGAUUCAGGAGGCUCAAGAAUUGGAAAAGGCGAGGCAAGGGGCCAAGUCCGCGCAGGAAACGCUUGACAACGGUCCAGCGGACAGCGAAGGCGCCCAACCUUCGGAGCAGCUGGCCAAGAUCAACGCCCUCUAUGGAACUUUGCCCACAAUUGAGAAUCUGGCUCCCCUGCUGCCACCACUGCUGGACCGUUUAAGAUCACUCCGGGCAAUCCAUUCUGACGCCGCGACUGCAAGCGAGAUGCUCGAACGGAUCGAGAGGCAGCAGAUAGACAUGGCUACCGACCUUAAACAGUGGAAGGAUGGCUUGGAGAAGGUUGAAGAAGCGAUGAAGGAGGGCAACACUGCUAUGACGGGGAACAUGAAGGUCAUGGAGGCCUGGGUCAAGGACUUGGAGGGACGCAUUGCGAAGUUGCCGUGA